CUCUUCCCUUGCAGAUAAGGUAACACUCUGGACAUGGCCUCAGAGAUCCACAUGCCAGGCCCAUUGUGCCUCAUUGAGAACAUUAAUAAAAAACUAAUUCCUAACCAGAAAGCUUUGAAGAUAUUGUGUGACAUCAAGCAGCCUGUGGUGGUGGUGGCUAUUGUGGGCCUCUACCGCACAGGCAAAUCCUACCUGAUGAACAAGCUAGCUGGGCAGCAACAAGGCUUCUCCCUGGGCUCCACAGUGCAGUCUCACACCAAAGGAAUCUGGAUGUGGUGUGUGCCUCAUCCCAAGAAGCCGAACCACACCCUAGUUUUGCUUGACACCGAGGGACUAGGAGAUGUGGAGAAGGGAGACAACCAGAAUGACUCCUGGAUCUUUGCCUUGGCUGUCCUGCUAAGCAGCACCUUCAUAUUCAAUAGCAUGGGAACCAUCAACCAGCAAGCCAUGGACCAAUUGCACUAUGUGACAGAGCUGACAGAUCGAAUCAGGGCAAAAUCCUCACCUGAUGCAAAUGAGGUUGAGGAUUCAGCUGACUUUGUGAGCUUCUUUCCAGACUUUGUGUGGACUUUGAGAGAUUUCUCGCUAGACUUGGAAGUGGAUGGACAAUCCAUCACAGCAGAUCAGUACUUGGAGAAUUCUCUGAAGCUAAAUCCAGAUACCUGUCAAAAUGAUAAAAAUUUUAACCUGCCUCGACUCUGUAUCCGGAAGUUCUUCCCCAAUAAGAAGUGCUUUAUUUUUGAUUGACCCACUCACCGGAAAAAGCUAGCCCAGCUUGAAACACUGCAUGAUGAUGAGCUGGAUCCUGAAUUUGUGCAACAAGUUGAAGAAUUCUGUUCCUUCAUCUUCAGUCAUUCCAAGAUCAAAACUCUUUCAGGAGGCAUCGAGGUUAAUGGAUCUCGUCUGGGGAGCCUGGUGCAGACCUAUGUCAAUGCCAUCAGCAGUGGGGAUCUGCCCUGCAUGGAGAAUGCAGUCCUGACCUUGGCCCAGAUAGAGAACUCAGCUGCAGUUCAAAUGGCUAUUGCCCACUAUGACCAGGAAAUGAGCCAGAAGGUGGAGCUGCCCACAGAAACCCUCCAGGAGCUGCUGGACUUGCACAGGGACAGUGAGAGAGAAGCUAUCCAAGUCUUCAUCAAAAAUUCAUUCAAAGAUGUAGACCAUUUAUUUCAAAAGAAAUUAGCGGCCCAACUAGAGAAAAAGCAGGAUGACUUUUGUAAUCAGAAUCUUCAAGCAUCAUCAGAUCGUUGCUCAGCUCUACUUCAGGAUAUCUUUAGACCUCUAGAAGAAGAAGUGCAGCAGGGCAUUUAUUCUAAACCAGGGGGAUAUCAUCUCCUCCUUCAGAGGACACAAGAGCUAAAGAAAAAAUACCUGCAGGAAUCCAGGAAGGGGAUACAGGCUGAAGAGAUUCUGCAGAAAUACUUGAUGUCCAUGCAGUCUGUGAUGGAUGCAAUUCUACAGACAGACCAGACUCUCACAGAAAAGGAAAAGGAGAUUGAAGUGCAACGAGUGAAAGCUGAAUCCGCACAGGCUUCAGCAAAAAUGUUGGAGGAAAUGCAAAUAAAGAAUCAGCAGAUGAUGGAACAAAGAGAAAAGAGUUAUCAGGAGCAUAUGAAACAAUUGACUGAGAAGAUGGAGAGGGACAGGGCCCAGCUGCUGGAAGAGCAGGAGAGGACUCUAGCUCUUAAACUUCAGGAACAGGCCAAACUUCUCAAGGAAGGAUUCCAAGAGGAGAGCAGACGACUUCAUAAUGAGAUAGAGACUGUCCGGAAGAAGAUUGAAACACCACAGACAACAUGUACCAUAAGCUAG